GAUUAUUUUGGGGUAAUAUCGGGGGCGGUCUGACGCCUUGUUUCCCUGUUCUUGGAAAGCCAUUUCUUCUUAACCCGGGUUCGACCACAGCGGCUAAUAUUAGUCCAGCCGGCCCCGGACAGUUAUCCGGUUGUCCGUUAGGGGGAGUGCAGAGUGUCCCGCACACUACGGAACUGAGUCAACGCAUUUUCCAGAUUCAAGAAGGGUAGGGCGCAGGGCGGCUGGCCCCCGCAAGAGCAGAGCUACUUCCCCAGCUGAACCGAUGAGCUAUUGCGGCCAAUUGAUGUCUUCAGAUGAGAUCUAAGACGACGCUCUGCAUUUAGUUGGUUUGACGUUCAUUCUCCGUUGGCCGUUGAAAAAUCACAGUCCGACAAAAUGUCAGAUCCGCUGGUUGCUGACACUCGCCGGUUGAAUUCCAAGCCCCAGGACCUGACGGAUGCUUACGGCCCCCCGAGCAAUUUCCUUGAAAUAGACGUUUUCAAUCCACAGAUCGUUGGAGUCGGACGGACCCGUUACACAACUUACGAGGUUCGCAUGAGGACAAACCUUCCUAUUUUCAAAUUGAAGGAUUCCUGCGUGAGGAGAAGAUACAGUGACUUUGAGUGGUUAAAGAAUGAGCUGGAAAGAGACAGUAAGAUUGUAGUACCACCUCUGCCGGGAAAGGCCCUGAGGAGACAGUUGCCAUUCCGUGGGGACGAGGGCCUUUUUGAGGAGUCCUUCAUUGAGGAGCGGCGGUCGGGCCUGGAGCAGUUCAUCAACAGAAUUGCAGGUCACCCCUUGGCCCAGAACGAGCGCUGUCUUCACAUGUUUCUGCAAGAGGAAGCCAUCGACCGGAACUACAUCCCCGGAAAAGUACGACACUAG